AAAAAAAAAAAAGUUGUCCAGCUCCUAUCCUACCUUAGAUUCCCAUCCAUCCAUGACGAGCCGCUCCCUCACCUCCAACCUAACUCCUGCGACAUGAAUUCGACGUAACGGUCUCCCCUUCGAUAUCAACAACCGCCACCACUCUCUUUUACCAUCUCGCCAUCCAAAGUUCGUCGCAUGGAAUAGUGAACCUCUCUUACAUCUUAUAAUCGACUUUCGUCUUUCUGCUAGCUGAAGCUGUCCUGCUACAGCAGCUGGAAUCGCCCUAUCGCCACACUUCUUCCUCCUCCUCUCCUCCGCCUGAAUGGCUCACUCUGCCGCAUCCACCGAAUUCAUGUCUGCAACAGGCGACCGGCCGGCAGCGCGCCGCGCCCCGGAUACGACUUCGUUCCCGACGUCCCGCGAGACGGGCGACAUCAUCCCCGACGCAAAACAGAACCCGGCUGUGGGGGGCGAGAAGGAAUCACCAUUCGCAAAGUCAUGGGUACAUUUCGUUGCUGGAGGUAUCGGAGGCAUGACGGCCGCAACACUCACAGCACCCCUCGACGUCCUCAAAACCCGCCUCCAAUCCGACUUUUACCAAGCUCAGCUCCGCGCCUCCCACGCCGCCCGCGCCCAAGCCGUCGGCACCCUCUCCCCCUACCGCGCCGCCCUCUUCCACCUCCGCGAGACCUUCCAGAUCCUGGGCUCCGUCUACAAGAUUGAGGGCCCCCGCGCGCUCUUCAAGGGCCUCGGCCCGAACCUCAUCGGCGUCAUCCCCGCGAGGAGCAUAAACUUCUACACCUACGGCAACGGCAAGCGCCUCAUUGCAGAAUACGGCAACGGCGGCGAGGAAGGGGCGGGCGUCCACCUCGCGGCGGGCGUGCUGGCCGGCGUGACGACGAGCACGGCGACGAACCCCAUCUGGCUCGUAAAGACCCGCCUGCAGCUCGACAAGAACGUGGCGGAGAAGAGCGGCGGGAUCCAACAGAGGCAGUACCGCAACAGCUGGGACUGCAUCAAGCAGGUGCUGCGGACCGAGGGUGUCCGGGGCAUGUACAAGGGCAUGAGCGCGAGUUACCUGGGCGUGGCGGAGAGCACGCUGCAGUGGGUGCUGUACGAGAACCUCAAGAACCGGUUGGCGGCGCGCGAGGAGCGCAUCGUCGCGAGCGGAAGGGAAAAGACCUUUUGGGACCAGACGGUGGAUUGGAUGGGGAAUGCUGGUGCUGCUGGCGGCGCCAAGUUGGUCGCUGCCAUUCUUGCUUACCCCCACGAGGUUGCGCGAACGAGGCUACGACAGGCGCCCCUGGCCAACGGACAACUCAAGUACACUGGCCUCUGGCAGUGCUUCCGCGUCGUCUGGAUCGAGGAGGGCUUCAUGGGCCUGUACGGCGGUCUGACGCCGCAUCUCAUGCGCACCGUCCCCAGCGCGGCCAUCAUGUUUGGCAUGUACGAGGGUAUUCUGCGUCUCUUUGGCGCCUCUAGCAAGGCCAAUGCGAGCUUGUAAACAAACGCUCUGCUAAGAGAAGAACAUCCUACAUGAUGGUUUCUUCGACUACUUACCAUCAACACCACCAACGAGGGGUCCCAGCAAACGGCGAUGACCGGCCGGGACUCCUCUUUGGAUGUAACAAUUCAACUGUACCAUAAUACAUUUACAAAACAACAACACCCUCACGACUAAAACGAUCGACGCAAACCAUCGCAGCUCUGGGAGAUGGGAAAAACGGACGGAUCGGACUCAACGGAUCAGGGGAGGGAAGAGCUGUUUACUUUGAGGAUUCUCUUCUCAACUCCCUCUUUGACAGCCGUUCACGAAAGCUCAGGGGGUGUUUCUUCAUAUACGAUAUGAGCUGAAGGCGAAACCGAUCUCUAGACUUUCUUGGGUUAAAAGGACAGGACCUCCUCUUACCCCCCC